AUGGGGGAGGAGAUGGGGGAGAAAAUGAGGGAGGGAAUGGGAAGAGAAUGGGGGAGGGGAUGGGGGAGGAGAAGGGGAGAGAAUGGGGGAAGAGGUGGGGAGAGAAUAGGGGGAGAGAAUGUUGGAGGAGAUGGGGGAGAGAAUGGGGGAAGGGGUGGGGAGAAAAUGGGGAUAGGGGAGAAAAUGAGGAAGGAGAUGGGGAGUAGAGAAUGUGGAGGGCGUGGGGAAGAGAAUGGGGGAGCUAAUGAGGAAGGGGAUAGGGAAAAAAUGAAGGAGGAGAUGGGGGAGAGAAUGGGAGAAGGGGCACGGGAGGGGAUUUUAAAGAAUGGGGGAGAAAGUGAGGGAGGGAAUGGUGGAGAGAAUGGGGGAGGAGAUGGGGAGAGAAAGUGGGGGAGAGAAAAUGGGGAGAAAAUGAUGGCGAAAUCGGGGGAGAGAAUAGCGGAAAUAAAUGAGGAGUUGGGGAAGAGAAUGUUGAACAAAAUUAUGGAGAUGGAAGAGAGAAGGGGGGGGGAUAGGGUGAUAAUGGGGUCGGACAAUAAACCUAUUUUGACAAUAUAG